AUGGAUGACACUCGUUGUUCAACAAGUUCGGAGAAUACAAUUGAAUUACCCGAGAUCUUGACUCCUAAAGCUACCCGCUCUGCACAAAGGCCAACAAAAUGUCUGAUUUGUGGAGGCGUGGCUGCUGGGUUCCAUUAUGAUGUUCCUUCUUGCAAUGGAUGCAAAGCUUACUUCAGAAGAUAUAUAAUAUCGGAUAGAAAUCUGAAAUGCAAGAAUAAGGAAGACUGUUUUGAUUUAACUAUACGAGAGAAGCCAAUAAAAUGUCGACCAUGUCGUUACAAAAAGUGUCUAGACGUGGGAAUGAACCCACUUGCUCUCGAAGUUGAUGACAAGCAGGCAGACGCUGGUAACUUCAAAAAAGUGACAAAAAGAAUCAAAGAUCAAGAAGAAAACGAAGAAAAAGAAGAGACGGGUCAAUCGAAGCAAUUGGUGAUGCAAAAGAUAGAGUCAAUGCAUGAGAAAAUUCAGAAAAUAACUGAUAUGCUGACUUAUUUAGAGUCAAAACUAGAACAAUUUCAAUUAUCAGCCUACAAUCCGAACUGGGUGGAUAUUCAAGGAAUAGAGUUUUUAUUGCGAAGUGCUAACAGAAUCAGUUUAGCUGAUAGAUACGGACCAAUGCCUGGCUGGCCCCUUUCCAAUGAUGAAUAUACUUCACUGCCACCGUCGGUGAUACCUGUUGUGAGGAAAGGACCUCCCCCAUAUUCUCCCGAUAAAAAACAUUGGCUAUAUUUCAACUUGAUCACAAAUAUUGAGUACGCAAAAACUUUCAUGUUCUUCCAUAAACUCAACUCAAGAGACCAGUUUGUUUUGACCAAAUAUGUCACGUUGGCCUGUCUUAAUUUACAUGUUUCGUAUGCAUCGGUGGCCAGAAAAUUUGAUUGCAGAAUACAACCAGAUGGAUUGAAACAACCAGUUAGAGAUGAAGAUCACUACUCCAAUUCUGUAAUGUCUAUUAUUCCUUUGAUUAGGUAUGAAGUCCAAGCGACUGAAUAUGUUUUACUCAAAGCAAUAUGUUUAUGCAACCCUGCAGUUCCUGAUCUAUCAGAACAUGCAGUCGUAUUGUUGGCAAAAGAACGUCAAGUAUUUGCAGAAGCACUGUUUGAUCAUUGUCUACGAAACCGAACUAAUGGACCCAGUCAUUUUUCAGAUCUUAUUGGAAUCAUUGAUGUGUUGGAACGUCAACAAAGAAUGCAGAAAGAUCUUCAUUUACUACAUAUUGCACCACUUGUGGCGAAAGCUCCGAAAGAAUUUAAAAUACAAGUUAUAGAAGAUAUCAUGGAUUCAUAG